AUGCUUUUAAACUCCCACCAUUUCAACAACUCAUUGACUCCACAGUUACCCAACAAUAAUACCACAGUUACACAAGUCAACCCAGUCACUCCCCUAACGCAUGUUGCUCCAUCUACACACCCAUCAACGCCCGUACCUAUCUUCAAUGCGAAAUUCACUCAACUUAUAGACUCUCUCAGAGAACAACUUAAAGGACAAGGACUUACAUCGGCAGAUAUAGACAUCAACAAGAUUAGGAGAAUCAUGGAGCUGUACCAAUCAGACCCUCAGGAUUGGGCACAUUUGGCAUUACAUGACCCCAGCAGAAACUAUUCUCGUAAUGGUAUUGUUGACAUCAACGGCAAUGCCAACUUGCUCAUCCUCGUUUGGUCGCCACACAAAUCAAGCGCCAUCCAUGACCAUGCCGAUGCUCAUUGCUGUAUGAAGAUCCUUCAAGGCGAGCUCACGGAGUCUCUAUAUAAAUUGUCACCCGAAGGCAAGCCACAAUUGAAUAAGGAGACGAAAAUGGUGAAACAAGAAGUUGGCUACAUUAGUGAUGAUAUUGGCUUGCACAGAAUCACAAACACGCUGGACGAAGUAAGUGUCAGCUUACAUCUAUAUACCCCACCAUAUGCUAGUAUGUAUGGCUGCUCCAUGUACGAAAUGAAUGGAGCAAAGCAUCAUGUUGACAUGUCCAAAUACUAUAGCUGGCAAGGACAACUAGUCAAUGAUAAGAAUUCACUGAGCUGUUGA